AUGAAUAAUCGGGCUAAACGUCGUGGACCAACUGUUGAGGAAUUGGAGAAAAAAGCUACGGAUCCAUAUGAUGCAAUGCGAGUUAGAUUAAAUUAUUUAGAAAAAAAUAUUGAUAAGCUUGUUGAAAUUCCUGCAAUUCCGGAAGAAGAAAAACCCCGUGAAGCUCCGGAUUUCGUUAGAAAUGUUGUUGGUUCAUCUGCUGCUGCAGGUAGUGCAGAAUUUCAUAUUUUUCGUAAUAAUAGAAGACGAGAAUAUGAAAGAUUGGAGUUUAUUGACAAACAUGCUAAAAAAGAAGAACUCGAUAAAGAGUAUUAUUUAAAAAGAAAGCAAAUAGAAGAAGAAGAAGCUGAACGAACUGCUAAAAAACGGGCAAAAAGGCAAAAAAGAAAAGAAAAAGAAAAACAACAGAAAAAAAAUAAAAGUAAAAGUAAAAGCAAAAAAGAAGAGGAAGAAAAAGAAGAUAGUGAUACAGAAGAUGAAAGUUAA